AGAUCGACAAUCGACAUAAAUUAGAACUAGUUGUUUUUUACGCUCAUUGGUGAGCGCUCGUAUUUGGUGUAGGCCGAGAAGUCCUUCCGGGCGAAGUUCAUCUAAUAAAGAAAUUCUUCACAGUGAUUCUAUUUUUGUGGUUCCUUGCUCGAUAAUUUUACGUUAACUCGAAGUGUUUUCAACGAAAAUGGCCCUUCUAGCAUCUAAAUUCGCAUCGCGGGUUACUGGUUUCUCUCCAUUGGCCGCUCAACGUUCUAAUAAUUAUUUUACGUAUGUCAACGAAAUUUCCCAUCCUCUGAAGCGGGAACCAAAAAUCGUGAAGUCUGCGGUUGAGGCAGUAAGUUCCAUCAAAUCAGGCCAAACUGUCUUUUGUUCGGGCGCUGCAGCAACACCAAUCGACCUACUCAAUGGCAUGGUUGAACAUGGCGUUGCUAAUAAACUGCAAAAUAUUACGGUCUGCCAUAUGCACACGGAAGGUCCUGCUAAAUAUUGUGACCCAGAAUAUAAAGACAUCUUCCGUUCAUGCUCAUUCUUCAUGGGAGCAAAUGUACGGAAAGCGGUUGCGGACGGUCGGGGCGAUAAUGUCUCAAUAUUCUUACAUGAAAUUCCCAAACUAUUCCAUCAAAGAAUCGUCAAGCCUGACGUAGCCUUAAUUCACGUAUCACCCCCGGAUAACCAUGGAUAUUGUUCGCUAGGCACAAGUGUGGACUGUGUUCGAGCUGGCCUUCAAUACUCAAAAACGAUUGUCGCACAAAUCAACAAAAAAAUGCCACGAACCUUCGGUGAUGCAAUCAUUCAUCAAUCGCAUAUUGAUUAUGCUAUUGAAAUCGACAAACCAUUGCCUCAGCAUGGAACAGGAGAAAUAAGUGAGGCUGAAAAAAAAAUCGGUUGCCUUAUCGCUGAAAAUCUUGUGGAAGAUGGUGCUACUUUACAAAUGGGUAUCGGAAGUAUCCCUGAUGCUGUUUUGGCUGCAUUGCACAAUCAUAAGGACUUGGGUAUCCACUCUGAAAUGUUUGCAAACGGCGUGGUUGAUCUUGUGGAGAACGGAUGCGUGACAAACAACCAAAAGAAAUUCCAUAAGGGCCGCAUCGUUGGAUCAUUCUUAAUCGGAUCACAGAAACUAUAUGACUUUGUUGAUAAUAAUCCAUUUAUUGAAAUGAUGGAAGUCGACUAUGUAAAUAGCGUCCCAAUUAUUGCUCGCAACCCAAAAAUGACUGCCAUCAACUCUUGCAUUGAAGUAGAUCUUACCGGACAAAUCUCAUCAGAUUCAAUUGGUACAAGAUUCUACUCAGGGUUCGGCGGUCAAGUCGACUUCAUUCGAGGCGCUGCUGAGGGAUUUGACGGCAAAGGAAAACCAAUUAUUGCUAUGCAAUCAACAAGCCCGAAGGGAGUUUCUAAAAUUGUACCAGUGUUGAAAGAAGGCGCUGGUGUUGUGACGACUCGUGCUCACGUACAUUACGUUGUAACUGAGUACGGUGUUGCUCCGCUAUUCGGCAAAACUAUGCGACAACGUGCCCAUGCCCUCAUCCAAAUUGCACACCCCGAUAGCAGGGAAGAACUAGAGAAAGCGGCAUUCGCCCGUCUAAAAUGCAUGCCAACUCCUUAAACUACUGUAACCUAAUGUUAUUUUAAACUCUCUUUGCAUUUCCUACACAUUAUGUUUUAAUUGUUUUAUUCGUUACCAGGGGAACCGCAAGGUUCACGAGCAAAUUAUUGAUAAUUGUUUAUUGAAAUUGUGAUUAUUUUCUUAUUGCGUUCGGUUGCGAAGUAGACAAUUGUAAUCAAAACGAAACUAUUGAAAUUUUCGGCAUUUAAUUUAUUGCCUAUAGUAUAAUAGCAAGAAAAUUCAAGAUGAUUGAUCGAAAUUUGAUAUAAACGGAAAAAGGAAAAUAAAAAAAUAUUAAAAUUUCAUAAAAAA